UUCAGUUUACCAGACGCUGCGAGUGAAGCAGCUACGCCUCGACGUGCCGGUUUUUGUGAUCUUUGAGCUUUGAUAAAGUGAAAUUUGCAAAUUGAAAAUAAAACCAGAAGCAUUAAGUAAACAUAACAAAAUGUGGAAGACUUUAAGCGUGCUAAUGCUGAUUGGAUUUAUCGAAUUGGCCCAGGCUCAGCGGCCAUCCUUUGCCGGCGCACGGCCGCCGGGCGGGCUCAGCCAGAAGGACAAGUAUAACGGCGCCCAGAACACGGCCGUGGAGAACAUAUCUGGCGUGGACAUUGCCACACGCUUCGGCUCGGAUGCAGUGCCGCAGCAGUCGCAAACAGUCAACUUGGCCUACGGCGCCUCGCAGAAGCCGCCAGUGGGCGUGCCCCUCGUGUUCGCCGUGAGCAGCAAUGAGCCCGUGGUGGCCUCGAGUGUGGUGCCGGCCACCGUUGACGUGGCCAACCGCUUUGGUGGUGCUGCUGCUGCUGCCAGUGCCCCAUCUGUGGCCAGCACCCAAGCCACCGCCAGUGGGGCGAGUCCUCCACCCACUCCAAGUGUCGUCAGGCCCGUGGCGAAUGCUUUGCCCAUCGAUGCGCAUGGAGAUCAGAACUAUGUGAACUACCUGAGCCAGCUGCCCCAGGAUAAUCAGCCAUUCUGGUUCCUCAACUACCAGGCCAUCGAGGCACUGAGAAACAGCUCGAGGCCGAAUGUUGGUGCUCUGGAGACGCGGGGAUCUUUCUUUGCUGGCUAAAGCUCGUUUCCCAACCACACAAAAAAUAACAAUACACUUGGCUAAUUAAGGCCCACACAAGUGUGUGUGCGUGUGUGUGGGUGUGAGUAUAGAGUGUACGUACGCUUACUCAGCAACUUAUCUUGAAAACCGGGAGGAAAUACCAAAAUCGUGGGGAAUGAAUUGUGAUUUUUCAAGCGAUAAGAUUGCCAUUUGACAUAUGAAUAGAGAAAAUAUAAAAUACAAAUUAUAUUACAAAAGCAAUAUGCAAAUUGUAAUUGCAUGGGAACUGUAAAGGCCCCCACUCAAUAGCAAUUAAUAAAUUUAUAUAUAUUAAAUAAAUAUUAUUUAUUAAAACUUA